UUUCCGCUGUUUACAUUUUUUCGUUCGCUGUGAUAGACUGUUUCGCUUUAAAUAGUUUAGCGUGUUUGUAGGCGGCAAUGUAAACACAUUUCUUACAUUUAGAGGAUAUGUACGAUAUGAGCUACAGCACUGGAUUUUAAAUCUUACGUAUGUCAUACAGUUUCCUUAUGAGAGGCGAAGUUGCCAGCUGUCUGUGUAAAUUGUCGCACGUGUUUUGUAUUGUUUGGUAGCAGUGAGUAUCGGCUUUCAUGGAAGUAGAAAGCGAGUUUUCUUUUAGUAACGGAACCUGCUUUCCACGUUGGAACAGCGGCAGCAACCAUCACAGCCAGACUUUGGGUGGCCUGCAGUUUAAACGAAAGAGGACGUCGACGGCCGAUGAAGGCGUUGGGUGCCAUUGUGUUAUGGACGGCACGGGGUGCAGGAGCUCCGUCGGGGAAGCGACAGGCGGGUAUUCACCAUUAAGAAGAUCCUUUGUAUUGCUGGAUGCCAAUAGAGGGGUGUACCAGUCGGAGUCGUACAAAUCAAAUGGAAGCACACUCUACUUGCCUCUCAACAACAGCCUGCUUGUCAACAUGAAAAAGUAUGACCAGGUCAGCUUUGAGGAGGGCUUCUUUUGUAUAGGAGAUGCAUCAGGAGGAUGCCUGCAGAAGGUUCAAGGUCAUGUCAUUAACUGUUGGCGGUACAAUGUGGAGGAGAAGAAGUUGUUUAUAGCGCUCUCUUUUCUUUUUGUAAGCAAACAUGUGUUCGAGGAGGUUGUCCGUCUUCUUGAGAGAGUCUGAAAAUGAAGGAACUUCAACAAAGGAACCAAUUCAAAGGAGUCUCACUCACUGGACAUGCUUUCCUUUUCAUUUGCAAUGCUUAACACAUAUGAAGAGCAUGAAGGUAGAGAAGUUUUAGUUUAGUUAUUUCUACGCUACGCAGGCCUCGUCAAACACCACGUUGAAGUCACUUUCCACUGUCCAGUGGUGUGCUGACAAACACAUAGCUUAAAGUACAGUUUUGACUUUUAUAUGAUCGAAUAUGUGCAUGUAGUCAGGUUUUGUGACUUCUGCUCUUUUGUUAUCUGUGCUGGGCGUUCUGUUCUUCAAGGCUAUAAAUAUACACAGUGGGUCACUGAUACACACACACACACACACAUUAUAUAUAUAGUGUUAUAGUUUGUUGGUUUUACUGUUUAAUGUUUUUCAGCAUAGUGUAAAUGUAUUGCUCAUCUUACUUUUGCUCUGCAAGACUUCUUGUUUUUGAAGAGAUUAAAGCAGGAUUUACUGGAGGACCUGUGCCUGCUGGCCUUUGGUUCAAAGUGCUGAUACAGCUCAAGGUUCAGAACCACAAGAAGCUGACACAUGGCGGCCACCUUCAACAAGGUGCAGUCUGUCCAUUCAAGUGACAGGUAGAUAGAAGGCAAUGCAGCUGCUAGUUCCAUACUCGUUUCACUGCAUUGUGUGUAUGUUAUCAUUAACAUCAUUAAAUGUACACAUUGAGUUCCUUCAAUUUAAAAGCGUCACGUUGAAAAUAUUUUUCUGCUAUGCAGGGGUCAAGAAACCUAAAUUGUGUGAACCGGAAAGCCCAACCUGUAAUGCAGUAAUUAAGAAGUCAAAACAGCCACUUCAAGUUAGUAAGUUAGCUCUUUACAGGUCCGUUCACAUUCCAAUGCCGGAUGACCCAAUGGCUCAGGGCUUCUCCAGAAGGAAAAAAGUUGAGUAGAUGAUGGUGGCAUCAACUUCUAACAGCCUCCUAACAUUUUGAGUUUUGUCUCAUAUACGCUUGUUUUGUUAAAUAGGAGUGUGGAUGUCCCGCACAUCUCCUGCUGUUAUGAAUGGGUUUUCUGGCCCCUUAGGAGAUCUUCGCAGAGUGCUGUGUGGGUCCGCACAAGAGCUGGAUUGGCAGAGAUUGGCACCAGGGUUAGAAGAGGUGCAUCUUAUUUUUUUUUUUUUUUUUGAGUACCCUGCUUGAUGAGGAGCUGGAGUUUUCAUCGUUGGAUCCUAACUGAGUGAAUCCUUAUGUCUGCGUCCAUCUCUAAUGGUGGUUUACCUGCCGGGUCUCCACCAUUGGUCACACUUGUCUUCCAACCCAGAUCUACUAGUAGGCUAAAACUGUUCACGUUUCUUUCUGUACUGUCAAUUACACAACUUGCCUUUCACAGGACCUUCCUUAUUGACUUCUUCAUCUUAUUGCUGCAUUGUGGACUGCAAGAACAUGGACUCUCCAUUAUACUGGACACUCUGCUCAUGUUGUGUUAUGUAUGAUGAGGUUCAAUUGUUUAAAUAUGUGGACACUCUUUUUUUUUUUUUUUUGCACAAUUGUUUCUUUUCAAUAUACCUUUUUU